UAAGAUAGCCAUUUGCUAAAUUAAAUAAUUUAUAUAAAAUUCAACGCAUUUUUUAGUAAUACAUACAUUAAAUUAUUUUUUUGGAUAUAUUUUCCUGCAGAACUUUUACAUUAACAGUUCCAACUCCGAAAAAUUUUGGUUAUCUUUUUGUUUUCAUUCUGUAAAAGAGUUAUCAAGUUAUGUGAUUGCGUCAUGUAAGGCCGUACUUGUAUCUAGAUCGUAUUAUAUUACACCAGCCCUUGGGAUUGAAUGAUAGAAAAGAAACAAUAAUGACUAAACACGUAAAUUUAGACAUGACUACUUGAAAAAACAAACACAAUCUGGCUCAAAGGCAAUAUAUUUACAUAUUCUACAAAUAUGGAUAAUACAGAUGAUUAAAAAUAGAUAGGGUUCUUAUCCAAAUCAUGGAGGGCGAAGAGUUUCAGCUCCAUUGGGAAUCGGAGGUUAAACCCAACACUGAAGUUUCUGAAGAAGUAGUGUGUGGGUUGGAUAAUGUACAGACGGUAACAUAUUCCAACAUGACAACAGAAGAACUUAUAAAUAAUGCUGAUAAUAUAGCUGCAGAGAAUUUAAUGUAUUUAUCUCAAGAUGUUGUAACUUACACUGACUCUGCUGAUAUAGUAGCCGACCCUAGUGUUGAAUGUGUCACUGAAGAAGUUAUUACUGAUGACUGGGUUAUUACUGGUGGACAGGAAAGAGUGGAGGUGCCUUUUGAUCAGUUAAUGAAUCCAGCACAAGAUAUAAAAAUAGAAAAUGAUAUUGAUGUGCCUUUACCAACAGACCAGGAUGAAUACACAGCGAUGCGACCGUUUCCUUGUGACUUUUGUUCCCGGAGAUUUAGGAAAAAAGCAGCUCUUAUGAACCACAUGGUGGCGCAUCAGAAUGAUAGACCACAUGCAUGUAACCUUUGUGGUGUUCGCUAUGUACGCAAGUGUGAUCUUAUGAACCACUUCAAGGUCCAUGCUUUUAUACCAGAAGCAACUGAGCAUAUUCUUCAGGAGUAUCCCAGUGAUGAGGAAUUGCCAGAGAGUCCACUUCUUAAGCCAAAAAAGAAAAGAGGCAGACGGAAAAAGAAACCUGAAGCUAAUGGCGUCCCGGAUGUGAAUAUGACGUCAGCGCGUACGCAACAGUGGUCCCGUCGCGGGCGUACACCACCAAGGGCCCCCUCGCCCGCCCCUUCUCCAUCACCUCCACCUUCUCCCUCACCGCCCCCAUCUCCUCCCUCUCCUCUACCGCCCCCCGCCGACCCAGCGAGGCCCUUUGUGUGUCGAACGUGUGGAGUCGGUUUCGCAAGAGAGAAAGCUUUGCAAUCGCAUUCUAGGAUACACGGCGGGGAUUCGCCUAUAGAGUGUAGCGAGUGUGGGGAGCUUUGUUGGUCGCGAGAUAGCUUAGCGUCGCACGCCUCACAGAAACAUCCCCAUCUCUCGCAUUUACCCCGUUCCAUGAAGCAAGAACCCUAUGAUGAUAAUUCAGGAGACGAUAUGGACUUCCGGCUAUCACCACUAGCUCACAGCGGCAGUGACCAUAGUAUACGUCAUGGCAUGGUAUAUGAUACGGUCCGUGGACCGGAACUCUUCUGUCAGGAUUGUGGAGUGGCCUUCCAACGCGCUGAUUUGCUGAGGAGACACGUCACUGCUGCCCAUAGUUACAAGCGUCACGACAGCACAAGCAGCACGUGGGAGCAAGAACACACGUGUGACGUAUGCGGCGAGAGUUGCCCCGACGCCCUUACCCUAUUGGCCCACGCUGAAAGACAUGCAGAACGGCCUAGGCCUAAUUCAUCCAGGUUUAAGAAAAUGUCAAAAGGCAGGAAUGCAUCAGGCAGUAAUAUGAGGCAGUUUCCAUGUAGAGAAUGCGGCAAAGUGUUCGGCUCGCGAAGUUCUCAGCAGAUCCACGUGCGCAUUCAUACGGGCGAACGGCCGUACGCGUGCCGAUUCUGUUGGAAGGCCUUCGCUGAUGGCGGUACAUUAAGAAAACACGAACGCAUACACACGGGUGAAAAACCGUACGCGUGCGCAGUGUGUCCUCGAGCUUUCAACCAGCGUGUGGUGCUAAGGGAACACGUGAGAUCGCAUCACUCUGCACCUGAUCGACGGGCGAAUGGCGGAUACCAGUACUCAUGCGCAGUUUGUGGUCGACCAAUGUUAACGAGUGCGGAACUGGUGCAACAUCUCAUACAGCACUGUGAUGAAAACACCGCUAUGAAGAGGCAACCGCAGUCCGGUCCGCGCAAAUACAAGCGACGUCGUAAAGUUAAGACGGAGGCGCCUGCCGAGUGGGACGGGUCACCUCCUGCGUCCCCCGUACCCCAAUCCCCCUCUCCUUCGCCCCCCACUCCGCCACCCGCGCCCCGCAGAAGGCGACGGGCUGUGGCACCCGCACCACGCCCACGCAUGAUCCACACCUCCGAGGAGACCAGGGCUAGGACCAAACAGGUUCGAACUCGCCGACCGCCUCGUCACCCAGCCGACGACUUACGGGCUAUCGCCUGUUCCCCUUCGCCCCAACCUAGAAAUUCCCCUUCUCCUCCCUCUUCGCCCGGUUCACCCGAAGAAGCAGACGGCGACGGACCAUACAAGUGCGAAAUGUGUUCUCUAGAAUUCCCCCGACGCGACGCCCUCUUACUUCAUGUCCCUAUACAUAUAUGACGAAGAAAAAACGCCCGGGGAACGCGCGGUAAACGCUCCCGGAAAAAGUAAAUUAAGACGAGUAGAUGUAAUAGUGUGAGAUCCGAUAUAAGAAAUAAAUACCUUUAGACGUUAUUUAAAUAAUACUUAGGAUUGAUAAUCAUGAAUUAAAUAAAUAAAAAUCAAGCCUGUAAGUAAAUAUAUAAAAUUUAGUAUGGUGGAAAUAGCGCAUAAACACAUUGAUCUUCACAAAUAUGGGUAUACAUUUCUUAUAUCGCAUCUUCAACAAUAGCAAAACCCCGCGAUUAUGCGCUAAUAUUAUAAUUUUACCAACUAUUUAAGCGGCAAUAUCUUGACAUACAACAUCAUUCAAUGAAACAAAUUUAUAUUUUAACAUGUCAAUCGAUUAUCUAAAUAAAUAGAUGUUACAUUCUA